GAGAGACUUACAGAGAUUUGUCCUCUCAGCUAUUCUAAUCUUCGAUUUUUUAAGGUUUUCGAUCGGAAAUCUCUACAGAUUCGCUCUACAAUCUUUCUAUUCAGGUCUUCAAUUUCAUUGAUUGCAUAUUAAAGAUCAUGAAGAGGCCAAUGCCAUUUAAUGAUCAAGUGGAUUUAUCAUCAGAUGAAUCUUCUUCCUCUGACGAAGAUAAAGAUAUCGGUGGGAAGCAGUCGGGGAAUAGUUUGAAAAUUAAUGAACCUGCCAAAGAAAUGAUAUCUGAAGAUGCAGUGAUGAGAAGGGCUCAAAUGUAUCAAGAAUACAUGAAGCAGAUCCCAAUACCAUCCCACCGUGGCUCUGUAAUUCCAUUUACCUCAUGGACAGGAUUAGGGAAAUCCAUUAAGCAGUUGUAUGGGCAACCCCUACAUUACCUCACUAACAUUCGACUAAAACAUUGGGAUCAACUGAGGAUUGGCGCUGAGGAUGAAUACAGGACAUUGGAUACAAUUAUUCAUCCUUGUAAAGCUGAAACCAGUAUCUGGCUCAUUGAAGAAGUUCACCGGCUCACUUCAUCUCAUCAUCAUCUAGCUACACUCUGGCUGGCUGACCCCAUGCAUCAUGCUUUCAUCGAUCCCAUUUUUCCACAACUGCAAAGCUCAUCCGGUUAGGUCAUUUGUGUGCCCACGUUAAUGCUUGUUGGAUUAUCAGAUGCUAACAUUUGCAGACAUGUUUUAGACUGUACAAUAUUAAUUCCGGCUGAGAUAAAUUCUUUUUUAUUCGUCAAUUUCUUCCUCAAUUUUCGGAAUGCAGGAGUAUGUGUUAUAAUACAUGCCACAACAUCCAUCUAUAUUCUAUGGAGAGAAGCAAGACAUACCCCAUUGACACUUUGGAGCAACUAUUCAAAUUUUCUUUACACAGUAUGUACUUGUUGAAAAAAUGAACAGCUGUUAUAGACAUGAUGCAUAUGGUUUCUUUUUUCUUUUUGCAUUACCAGUAAUCACUGCAAGAGCACAACCCACGCCGGAAAAAG